CACCACCUUCACCUCUCUGCGCGCAAGCACUUGCGGACUGUUAUCUGCGGUUCUUGUGCGGCGCAUUCCCCCCUGCAUGGGACAAUCAACAUGAGUCAGAGCAGAGGAACCUGCCUCUACAGAGAGGCGCGGUUGAACGUCGAACCCACGUACCCUGGCUCCACCAUCGCCUUUACGCUACCCUAUGGAGUUGUCGGCACCUUCGACACCGCAGUCGAACCUAAGCGCACCGUACUUCCAGAGGACCAUACAGACAAGGACGAAGACGGAUUUGCCAAGCGCAAUCUGGCCUGUGACGGUUCCAUUUUCUUCCGAAGACACCAUGAGUACCCGCGAAGCUUCCUUUGGCGCCUUCUGAACAACAGGAAGAUACUCGAAGUACAGUCCGUCGAUCUCGAUCAUGACGUGAAUCACGACGUAGAAGCCAACUUGACGCUGCUGCUCCAUUUCCCCACGCCGGUCCGCCCGUUCUGCCUCGCCAUCGCCGAACCAGAAGAGCAUGAUGCUUUGACCGUUUUCGCAAUUACCACCAGAAACGACCUUUAUACAAUCACUUUGCAUCGAGACUUUUUCAGCAGACCGGCUGCCUCUGAGUUAGAGAUUGCAGAAUGGUGUAAACGGUCGGCGCCGAGCCUCUUCAGUAAUCGGAUACCCUACCGGCUCGUGGCUACGAGCAGUACCGAACUGCUGGUAACGCUUGACGACGGAGGGAUAGUACGCUUGGUGAAACGGAGCUGCGGCGAUGGCUCUUGGGAGGAGUCUCUGUAUAAGGAAACGUCGUGGUCGGUCAAGAACCUGUUAAAAUGGAAAGGGGAGCAGACGGUGCGGUUUGACAAUGGAGAUCUGGAUUUGUCUGCUGCUGCGGCAGUUGAUCUGUCCCCGGACAGGAAUCAUAUACUCUCAGUAUGCCUCAACCACAGGCUAAGAGCUUGGAAUGUUGCAUCUGGUAAACCAGGCAUAUCCACGGACCUCUUGGGGGAGCCUGAUCAUCCGAAUGAGAAGGGGGCGUCCUACAUCAUCGAUCCUUCGCAAUCUACCCAUAUGGCCGUCCUCAAUGUCCCGGGCGGAGUUGAUGGCGCACUUUAUCAUGUUGUGACCUACUCUUCGAAGCAGCACCAGUUCAAGUUCUGGGGUGUACGGGAUGCGGAUACGCCGGAUCAGGGUAUCUUCGACGUCAAACCCGAGGUUGAGCUCAUACCCCCCGUCGAUGAGCUUAUGGACACCACUGCCUGGACAUUAUCGGAAUUCGUGAUCAAUCCUGGACCUUCAGGUUGGAGAGGAACCGAGCUGUGGAUUCGUGUCCGCUCUGGUCCAAGCACCAGAGUAUUCGCCUUGAAAUUCAACCUGAAUAACUCGCCAGCAGAGUUGAGAAAUACCUGGAGACACGAUUGGGUAUCCGUGGACCCUGGGCCUCUUUCAUUGGAGCAAUUGAAACAAAACACUGCAAACCCGGCCGAAUUCGAUCUGGAUGCGUCUGAGCUGUUUGAGGUGGAUCUAGUGGAAAAUUGGUUGGAGUUCUUGUUUUACCCUGGCCGUUUCAGCGUAGCUGCAUUGGAGAUCGCGUUGAACACAUACCGACGUGGACUCCAACGGUCAGGAGCGACACAGCUCGCGGCCAAAGCCUCACUGAAAGAGCGCAUCUGCUCAACAGUCACCGCAUUCGCUGCGCUGGAGCAGAACGGGGUUGUUAACCAAAUCGAGUUCCACAACCGUCUCGCCGCUCAGUGGCAGGCGUUUUACAGCUUGGUGAAGGAUCUGCACAAGCGCAGAGGAGAAUACUUGGGGCUGGCCUUUGACUACACCUCAGGGACCCCGUGGAUAAUAUCAAGCGACUAUCUUUCUCCUAUACGGAGCUGCAGUGUUCCUGAGAUCGUCUCGCUGAACUCCCAGGCUAUGAUCAGCUCAGAGGCUCUGUCGGGACGGUUAGGCAAAGUUCUUGCCGCAGAAGAUCGCGAUGUGGCCAGGCUCAUGUGUGCGGCUUCUUCGUUCCGCAAAAGUCUCCCACGCACUUUCCAGACCAGCUUGGAACGCGAGAUUGAGAGCGAAAUCCUCCAGAGCCGAUCCCUUUCUGUCGUCGACCGGAUGGAGCUCAUGGAAGCAAACUGUAGUCUUUCCCAGCAGGUUUCGGACGAUGACCUUUCCGCAUUGGUGGAAGACCUAGGGACCAGCAUAAAGGACAUAACAUCCGAGACCUUCAUGAGGGUCAUCGACUCGCUGGGCCCAGACGAAGAAGGCCAAUUGCAGCGCAAGCAAGCGGCACGGUAUGGGCUUAGCGCCCUAAUGCGGGUGUCUCAAGAAACAAUAGAAUUGAGCAAGAGUAUCCUGCUGGAUCUUCUGGUUCUGGUACUCUACAUGCAAUAUGAAGAGGAUCUCUCAGAAGAUUUCGACGCCUCGGAAGUUUUCGUCCAGAUCAUCGACGAACUCAAACACUAUGCAAUCCUCAGCUGGAUGUCCCAAACUGUGUGGUCGCAUCAAUCCUCUACCGGCCCGGCUUCAGCGCAUCUUUUGAAGACCCUGUCGGAAAUGUCAAAGAAUAGCAAACAGUUUCCUAUUACUCAGACCGUCAUUGAGGGGAUCCUGGGGCAUCGUGCCUUCGCUGCAGAAAUACCUACGGGUCUCAGGACACAGCUGUUAACUUACUGGAGUCGCGUAUGGCUAGCACGGACAUUCAAGGACACAGACUUGGACACUGCGAUCGAGCGUAUCAUGGCCAUCCUCCUGCAGCAGAAGGAAUAUGGCUUGGCCUUCGAGUUUUCGAGGUAUUUGCCUGAGUCUCCCUGGGCGACAUACUUGAAAGGAAGCAUGCACUUGGCGCUCGGUGAGAAUGAUCUGGCUUCGAUCUGCUUCAAGAAGGCUGCGCACAACCUGGCUACUCCAUCGUUCAGUCUUGAUGAUGUUGAUGACAGCUUCAUCCCUCUCGAUCAGCGAGAUUCGUUCUCCGGUGGCCUACCUAGGUACUACAGCCACGUGCUCUCCCUCUUCGAGAAGUACAAGGCCUACUCCUUCGUUGCCGACUUUGCUCGCCUGGGCCUCCGCUCUCUCUCUCCUAAGAAAGACGAAGAACUGAAGACCGACCUGCUGUCUAGACUAUUCAAUGCCUCCAUUCAAACCUGCAGAAUCGACGACGCCUACUCCGCCAUGAUGCGGCACACAAACACCGUUCUCCGCUCCGCUGCCCUGCAAACCCUGCUCACCACUCUAAUCUCCCACUCCCAAACCCCCAAACUCUUCUCCUACUCCUUCCUCGAUCUAACCUCCGAAGUCGACGCCCUCCUCCUCUCCCACUGCCACAAACAGCUCAACCUCUCCUCGGGCCCUCCAUAUCACAACAUCCUCUACGCCUUCCGCAUCGCGCGCAACGACUUCCGAGGCGCGGCGAGUAUCCUGCACGAUAAGCUGGUGCGUUUGAAGAACUCAUCCAGCCAGAAAGUGCAGGACCCGAAGGACCAGACGUUGGCGAGGACGUACCUCAUGGUGCUGAACGCGUUGGCGUGCGUGAGCAAAGAUGAUGCCUAUGUGCUGGCGGAGGUAAGGGGAUUGGAUGUCGUUCGUGGCGGGGGUGCUGCUGUCCCGGGAGGUAGUAGUAGUCUCAAUGGUUCCAGGGGGGGCUCAUCAGCGAUCGGGGGCGUUACGGCGGCAGCACCAGCGCCGGCACCGCCGCAAUGGGGGAUCGGCAAGGCGAAGAAGUUGCUCAAGCGGAGGGUGGUUACGCUCGAUAUGCUCCGGAAGGAGUAUCAGGCCGAGCUGGAUCGGGUCGAGGCGAUUGAGACGGGGAAUUAUCCGUUUGUGGAGGCGGGCGAUGAGAUGGAUAUCCUUUAGAUGGGUGGGGAUUAUUUCUCGUUUUGGGGGGAUUCGGUACAUGUGAAGGACUUUUUUGUAGUCGUAUCUCUUGAUAUGGGUUCCUUUAGCGGGAUAGAGGAAACCGGAAAUAUGAUGU